AUGACCGAUAUGCCUUCGAUUCCCAAGAACCAGCUCGUGUCGCAGCUCGACGAGGCCCGGACCCUCGGAAACCUGACCCUGGUGCCCUCGCUGGUCCAAAAGAUCCACCACGAAUGUCCGGAAUAUGGAGGAAUUGCUACAGUGGCUCUGGAAGACACUAACCUGGUGACCCUGUUCCUCGACUACAACGUGUCCGACUACCUGUCUCCCACAUCGGCAAUCCCCGUCGAGAAGCUCCAGGCCAUUCAAACCACCCUCCAGAAUGUCGACACCUCCAACUUUGACACUGAGGAAACAUUCUUCUACAAUCUGGCUCUCGCACACACAGACUUGUUGCUCCGAGAACCCAAGGAGGUUGUGCAGUUGCUUAACGACAUUAGCGAAAUCGACGCCAUUCCCUCUUUCCGAUACCACUACACAGAUAUUGGACUUGUGAGACGGGCCGCCAUUCUGGGAACUGCCUUUGAGGUGCUCGGUGAAAUUGACCAGGCCAUCUCCGUCUACGCCUCCACGUCACAUCUCAUCAACGACUCAAUUGGAAACUCCCCUGAGGCGCUGGUGUGGGCUGAGCGGCUUUACUACCGAAACUCGAUCCUGUGCGCGUCCCAGCUGCCCGCCAACCAGGACUGGGCCCUGGACUCGCUCAGAUCGUACGGCCGAAUCACAGAUAUGUUGUCCAGGAGCAAACUUUCGACCAAGCUGUCAGCCGGCGAUCUGCACCAGCGACAGUUAAACCAGCUUCACACCCAUCUGCUGAUCCUCAAUGGUAUCCAGCGAGAGUCGGGCCCCAACCCUGAGCUGGCCAAGGAGUCCAAGGAAACUCUACAGAACUUUGAGAAGCUGCUAGACUCCCAGUCCACAACCUCCGGAGGUAUCCCCAAGGCCACCGACUCCAACGCCGCCAUCGAGGGCUACACAGAUAUGCUUGUUGCCAAUUGGCGAGUGUCCAACCAGUUCAACCCCACAACCGGCCGAGUUAUUGGAGACCCUGUCAGCACUCUCAAGAUGCUCGAAUCGGUGAGACGAGGCAUCGAGAAGACAUACCACUCGCGAGUGCUCAUGCGAUCGCUGGUGGCCAUUCUCGCAGCUCUUGGACACGACAGAGAGGCUCUUGCUUCUUUCGAGGUCUUCAUGGACUACGAGGAGCACGCCCGAAUCAAAAAUGAGGCCGGCGCCCAUGAGGACAUUGACGAUUUCUCCAUUAUCGAGGCCUUCAGUGAUGCGCUCAGAAUCCAGACUAACGUUUACAAGGAUGGAAACGCUGCUAAGAAGACUGCCGACAGGCUGUUGGAGUGGUUGUCUCCCGCAUUUCACCACAGAUCGCAGCACUCGCAGCGAGCAUACGGACGAGCUGACUACGCUAUUGGCCGAGCCUACUCCCUGUACGCCCUGUCCGCCGCCACCGAGACUGAGGACCGAGAAAAGCACGUGGCUCUGGCCUGCAAAUCCUUCCAGCGAGCUGUUCAGGGUCUCCCGGCCGCCGAGCCGGCAUUUGACUACGCAUAUCUGCUUGCCAAGACUCGUCAAACCGUGCCUGCCAUUGAAGUGCUGCGAAACUCGCUGGCUGUCAACCUGGACCAUGUUGAGUCGUGGCAUCUGCUUGCUCUGCUUCUGUCUGCCGUUGGAGACUACCAGGCUGCUAUCCAGGUGGCUGUUGGAACUCUGGACCGAUUCUCUUCUCCCUCUUCCAACUCUCUCAAGGAGAAGCUCAUUGAGCUCAAGAUGACCGAGAUUGCGAUUCGAGAGGCCGACCAGGGUCUCGAUGCAAUUCUGCCUCUGCUCAAGGACGUGUUUGCUCUGUUCGGAGCUUACUUUGGAGCUGCUCCUACCCCUGGACACAAACAGAAGCCUUCUACUGCUACCCAGGCCACUGCCCCCUCCGUGUCGCCUACACACCAGAGCUCUUCUUCCACCGGUAGACGGUUCUCCAAGGUGUUGCGACGAAAGAAGAAGGAAGAGCCUGCUGCUGCCGCUCACCAAAAUGGUCAUCAACAUAGUGCUCCAGUUGCUCCUACCUCUGCUGGCAGCUCAUCUGUGCCUGCUGGCUUCCCCACAUUACUCCACCGAAUUCUUUGGUUGUGGGCUGCUGCCAUUUAUCGACGUGCCGGUCUCGUCCACGAAAGUGAGCAGGCCAUCGUGCAGGCCGAGUCAGUUGAUGGGCCCACUGCCUCUACGCGAAUCCAGCUCUCUCUGCUCAUGAAGGUGGCAUUGCGACCGCAGCAGGCUCUUGACGAGGUGGAGAACGCUCUGGACACUCGACCUGACUCUCUGGCAAGUGCUAUUGCCCUGUCCAACGUUAUCAUUGAUGCGAUAGAUCCUGACGACCAGGCUAGCAACAUUGAGCCCAAGAAGCCUGAACUUGAUGAGUCUAUCAACGGAGGCACUGAGAACGGUUUCAGUGGAGCUGUGACCCCUGCUACCCCCUCCAUUGCGAAGAAGCCUACUCAGGCUCUUGCUACAGAAAAGAAGAUCGAGAAGCCCACCACUUCGCUGUUCAUUUCUGACAGAGACGAACGAGCUGCUCUGGCUCGUGUCACCUCUGUGCUUGAGUCUGUAACUCGAACCGGCAACGGAUUUGACUGUGCUGAGGCCUGGUGGCUGCUGUCUCGAGCUUAUGAGAUUCAGGGCAACAUGGAGUGUAUUCGGGACGCUCUGUGGCAGAGUGUAAAGUAUGAGGAGGCACGACCCGUUCGAAACUACUCCGUCUGUAUCUAG